AUGGACUCGCCAUCUGAGCGAGUCCGUCGUAUCCGGAACGCUGCAGGAACACCAUCACUUCUGCCUUCGCUGACGAAGGAGAAGUCGCGUAUCGGAAUUCGACGCUUUAAGCAUGCUGGCUGCCACAUCACCUGGAUGUUUGCAGUUUGUUUUGGUGGGUGCCUGGUUCUCCUUCUACAGGCUACGAAACUGCGUCCGGCUUCGUCGACUUACUACGAACCCCUGGAGUCUAUCCUGCCAUCUUUGCCGGCCAGGGGUGGUCACGGUGAACAAAGCUCCGUAUCCACGGGUCACGCUCUAAAGCUGCCGUCCGUACGCAUCAAUGGCGUCGACGACAAGUGGAAAGUCCACGGUGAAGACUACGCAAACUCCAGGACGACCGGCUCGACCCUUCUCCUCAAGAAAAUCGAUGAUAAACGCAUUACUGGCAUUCUACCACUACAUGUCGUGGUAUGGCCAUUUCUACAAAAUGGCACAAAGACGGCUGAACACCAGCACAUUGAGGAAAAUGGUAUUAGCGAGUCGUCGUAUUUGAGGCUUAGCAAAGAUAUGAUGGAUUUUCAUCCCAACGUCGUUUGGCUUGGGGACAUUGGUUGGGGCUUUCCUUGGAAAGAAUGGUGUCAGGAAUACACCAAACACAUCAAAAAGGCCAAAAAUAUGCGGCGCGAGAAAGGGCUGCCGGAGCAGUGGCCGAUCUUCAUUGUCGCCUUCACCGACGGACCAUCUCUACCGAGAUGCCAAAAUGUAGAAGCUGAGGUUGGUAAAGCGAACGUUCGCUACACAAGUCGGUCAAUGGUGUACGAUCGGAGAUGGAACGAAGCAAAGAAAUGGGUGGAAACGGGCGAAAAAAUGAAUCUAGAAAAGCGGGAUAUCACCUACCGGCACAUGCCUCUGGUUGUUCGAACUGAUACGGUGAAGUUUUUGGAAGAAGCCCUGCGGAAGCGCAACAUGACGCUGGCUGAUCCUGUAGAGCGCUUGCAACGCGACGUAGACGUAGCUCAUUACUGGCCACAUCAAAGUAGCCCAAGCGACCCUGGCAUUGAAGGAUCGCUUUUACGCCAGCAGAUCA